AUGGCUUCCAUGCAAAUAUCCAUCUAUUAUCUUCUCUCUCUAUUUCACAUCUUCACAAUUCUAAUCAUCCCAACACACUCUCAAACCAUUUCCAGAAUCCCUUUAGGUUCAUCACUUCUAGCUUCACCCAAGGAUGAUUCUUCAUGGAAAUCGCCCUCGGGUGACUUCGCCAUCGGUUUUCGCUAUCUUGAUGAUCAAAACCUCUACUUACUAGCAAUUUGGUUCGACAAAAUACCCGAUAAAACUAUAGUCUGGCAUGCCAACGGAGACAACCUAGCCCAAGAAAGAUCGAAACUAGAGCUCACCACCCACGGAGAGCUCAAGCUGACCGACCCGGAUGGCGGUACCAUUUGGGAGGCCCAGAGUACUAAUGUGUCCUAUGGUUCAAUGCUUGAUUCUGGAAACUUUAUCCUGGCAGAUAACAUUUCCAGUAGUAGAUAUCUAUGGCAGAGUUUUGAUCAUCCUGCAGAUACAAUCUUGCCUACUCAAGAACUCCAGAUUAAUGAGGUUUUGUCUUCAAGAGAUACAAGAAAUAGUUUUUCUCUUGGAAGGUAUCAGUUACGGUUAAUGCUCGAAGGUGAUCUUGUUCUUACAGUUGUAUCUAACCCGCCCGGUGUCUCCUACGAGCCUUAUUAUCGUAGUAAAAUCGCAGAUGAUAACAACACUAUGAACUCAGGAUAUAGAGUAGUUUUCAAUGAAACAGGUAGUUUAUAUGUUGUUAGAAGGAAUGGAGCUUUAUUUAAUCUAACAUCCCAGAAUGUUGAGUCCUGGAACGACUUCUAUUUUCGGGCGACACUAGAUUUCGACGGGCUCUUCACGUUGUAUUCGCACCCAAAGUCUCCACGAGACGGGGUUAACUGGGACGAAGCAUGGCGUAGUGUGUGGUACGAGCCUCAGAACAUAUGUUCGGCCUCCACGGGUGAUUAUGGAAGAGGACCUUGUGGAUUUAAUAGCAUUUGCUCAUUAGAUUCUAAUGGAAGGCCCUCUUGUGUAUGUCUACCGGGGUUUAAGCUUCUGGAUUCGAGUAAUUCGUAUGGGGGAUGUAAGCAAGAGAUUGUUCAAAGCUGUGAUGCAAACAAUUUGGGAAAGCUUAGGGAAAACUACGAGAUGAGGUCACUCAACAAUGCAUUUUGGCCUUCUUCGCAGAACUAUGAGCGGUUUCCUUUGUCUAGUGAAGACGAGUGUAACCGAUCUUGUUUGGGUGAUUGUAACUGCAUUGUUGCGGUGAUCAAAGACGGAAUAUGUUGGAAGAAAAAGUUGCCACUUUCUAAUGGGAGGAAUGAGAGGGAUACAUAUGGAAAGGCUCUCAUAAAGAUACCAAAAAAUAACAACACUUUUUGGGACAAUGGUUUGGAGAAGGUGAAUAAUGAUGAGAAGGAUCAAUCCAAAUUGGUUUUAGUUCUAUCAAUAUUGUUUGGAUCUUCUUUGGUUCUAAAUUUUGUGCUUAUCGCGGCUAGUUCAAUUGCUAUUUUUGUUUCGUACCAAAAGAAUAAGAAACUGAAUACAAGUUCAAGUCUUUUAGAGACUAAUCUUCGCGUUUUCACCUUUGAAGAGCUAAAAGAAGCAACAAAUGGCUUUCGUGAAGAGCUUGGAAGAGGUGCGUUUGGAACUGUUUACAAGGGUGUCAUCACAAACUCAUUUUCGGGUUCAAGAUCAAUAGUAGCCAUCAAGAAGCUAGAGAUAUUAGCUGAAGAAGGUGAUAAGGAGUUCAAAACCGAGGCAAGUGUCAUAGCGAAAACACAUCACAAGAAUUUGGUUAGACUUGUCGGAUUUUGUGAAGAAGGUCCAAAUAGGCUUCUUGUUUACGAGUUUAUGAGCAAUGGGACACUAGCAAGCUUUGUUUUCGGGAUAUCAAAGCCAGAUUGGAACAAGAGGCUACAAAUCGCGAUUGGGAUAGGGAGAGGGAUCGCGUAUUUACACGAAGAAUGUACCACACAAAUCAUCCAUUGUGACAUAAAGCCACAAAACAUACUUCUUGAUGAAUCUUUUACAGCCAGGAUAUCUGAUUUUGGGCUAGCAAAACUUCUAAUGAGUGAUCAAACUCAAACAAAUACAAUGAUCAGAGGGACAAAAGGAUAUGUAGCACCAGAAUGGUUCAGGAGCAAACCCGUGACAGCGAAAGUGGAUGUUUAUAGUUAUGGGGUGUUGUUACUAGAGAUUGUAUGUUGUAGAAAGAACGUCAAGGUCGAGAGUGAGAAGGAAGAAGAGAUCAUUCUAACCGAUUGGGCGUACGAUUGCUACAAAGGACGGAAGUUGGAAAGAUUAAUCGAGAAUGAUGAUGAAGCAAGGACUGACAUGAAGAGGGUGGAGAGAGUGGUGAUGGUGGCAAUGUGGUGCAUUCAGGAGGAUCCAUCUUUAAGGCCAUCAAUGAAGAAGGUGGUUCAAAUGCUUGAAGGAGUUAUUGAAAUCUCAUUGCCACCUUGCCCUUCCCCCUUUAUUUCCAUGUAA